UUCAUUAUCACUAUCUUAGUCAUAAAAUUCAAAAUGAGUUUAUUGGUAUGUUAGGCUCCAAGGUUAGAAGUGCUAUCAUUGAAAAAAUCAAAGAGGCAAAAUAUUUUUCUGUAAUACUUGAUUGUACUCCGGAUGUAAGUAACCAUGAGCAAAUGACUUUAAUAAUUCGAUGUGUAGAUAUGUCAAAUGCUCCCAUAAAGGUAGAAGAGUAUGUUUUAGAAUUCUUGAAAGUGGACGAUACAUCUGGAUGUGGGCUUUUUAAUGAGUUACAAGCCGUAUUAAAGUGUCUUAAACUUGAUAUUAAUAAUGUAAGGGGCCAAGGUUAUGAUAAUGGAGCUAACAUGAAGGGGAAAAAUAAUGGUGUGCAAACAAGGUUUCUAAAAAUAAAUCCUAGGGCAUUUUAUAUGCCAUGUGCUUGUCAUUCUCUUAAUUUAACAGUUUGUGAUAUGGCAAACUCUUGUGUUAAAGCUGUGUCAUUUUGGUGUUGUGCAACGUUUGAAUUUUUGUUGGGCAUGAGUAUAUGGCAUAACAUUUUGAAAAAAAUUGACUUGGUUAGCCAAAAAUUGCAAUAUGGAGAUAUGCAAAUUGAUGUUGCAAUAAAACAUUUGAAGGGGCUGGUCUCUUAUUUUGUAGACUAUAGGGAAAAUGGGUUCACAUUGGCCCUACUUUCUGCUAAAGAGAUUGCAUCAAAGAUGGAAAUUGACCCUGUAUUUCCUGAAAAACGUCAAAGUCGAAGAAAAAAACAAUUUGAUGAAAAUGACCAUAAAGAGACAUUUCAAUCUGCUGAAGAAUCUUUUAGGGUUAAUUAUUUUCUUGUUGUAGUUGAUGCUGCAAUUUCUUCUUUGAGGAGUAGGUUUGAACAAUUAGAAAUAUUUGAAGGCAUUUUUGGUUUUUUGUUUGAUCCUCAGAAUUUAUUUCAAAUGAAUUAUAUUAGAUUGCGUGAAUGUUGUAAAAAUCUUGAAGCUGUUUUAACACAUAAUAAUGAAUCUGAUAUUAAUUCUGAUGAUUUGUUUUCUGAAUUGGAAGUGUUACAAAUGUAUUUACCAAAAGAGACAAAGACAGCCAUUGAAGUUCUUGAGUUUGUAAAAGUUGUGGAUUGUUUUCCAAAUGUCUCCAUUGCUUAUAGAAUUAUACUGACUCUGCCAGUAACUGUGGCAUCUGCAGAAAGAAGUUUUUCAAAAUUAAAAUUAAUAAAAUCUUAUUUGCGAUCAACUAUGUCACAAGAAAGGUUAAAUGGAUUGGCAAUCUUAUGUAUUGAAAAGAAUAUGUUGGAAAAUAUUGAUUUUGAAGAGGUUAUUGAUGAUUUUGCUUCUCAAAAUGCUAGAAGAUCAAGAAUUUUUCAAUGAUUGUUUGUAUUUUUAAUGUUACUGCUUUUGAUUUUUGAUUUGUAGAUGAUGAAGUGGAAGUCAAAGGAGCUUUUUGUGUACAAUUGAGCCGCUUGAGAAUUAAGCCCUAUGGAAGAGCCACUUAAAGAACUUUUGUUUUAUUUUGCUGAAAUUUUAGAAGCUCUAUGACCCUAAAUAUGAUUUUUGUUGUUUAUGGAUCAUUUACUUUUGGUUUUUCUUUUGUUAGUUGAAUGAAAUUAUUCUAUUUAAGAAGCUUAGUUGUUUUCUGGGAUUUUGCUCCGUAUUCAUAAAAAGAAAAAGGAAUGAGCAAAUAACAAAAAAAUUAUAUACUAAGGGCCUCGUUUAAUUUUUGACCAUGGGCCACCAAAAUGUCAGGGCCGGCC